AUGACACCUCCGUCACCACCACCCCCGGCACCGCGAGGGCGCGGUCGACCCCCGCCCCGGGGUCGAGGCCGGGGACGAGGUCGGGGACGUGGCGGGGUGCCACCCGGAGGGGGUGGCGGAGACGAUGGAAGUCCGCCCGGGGGCGGUGGCGGGGGACGUCGUGGCCGUGGCCGUGGACGUCGCCGCGGCACACCCCUUCGACGAGCACGGAUGAAUCAAGACGAAUUACGACGUCAGAUGGAUCUGUUGGCCGAAGAUGCUCGUCAACGGUCGGUGGGGCGCCGUAUUGCCGGCAUCAGCCAUACCAAUACCGUCACCACGGUCUAC